CUACUUUUCACCUUAUAUAAAACAUAUAUUCUUUAAUAUGAAACUAACGAAUAAAAUUCAAGGUAAAUAAAGAUAGAGAUUUAUUUAUAAAAUAAAGAAAUGGUGAGACAACUUAGAAAUAUUUUGGCAGGUUUUCUUCUUGUCAAUGUAAUUUUUACUACAACCGCACAAACUGAAAUUCCAGCCAAAAAAGCGGAUAUUAAUACUUGGUUCAAAAAUGUAGUCAAGCCAGUAAGCCUACAAAAAGGAAAAUUAGAUCAGAAUUUAGUGGAAGCAGAGAGCGAUGGAGUAGAAAUUAUUGAAGUUAGACAAGAUGGAACGGGAAAAUUUAAGACAAUAUCUGAUGCUGUAAAGCAUGUUAAGAUAGGAAACACUAAACGUGUAAUUAUAAAAAUUGGACCAGGUGAAUAUAGGGAAAAAGUGAAAGUCGAUAGAUUUAAGGCAUAUGUGACGUUUUAUGGAACAGAUCCUAAGAACAUGCCAACUAUAACAUUUUCUGGUACAGCUAGUGAAUAUGGGACAGUAGACAGUGCAACCUUGAUUGUAAUGUCCGAUUACUUUGUUGCUACAAAUAUAAUUGUUUCGAACUCUGCUCCAAGGCCAUCUGGCAAGAAGAAGGGACAACAAGCUGUUGCAUUGAGAAUAACUGGUGAUAAAGCAUCAUUUUAUAACUGUAAAUUUAUAGGAUUUCAAGACACUGUUUGUGAUGACAAAGGAAAACAUUUCUUCAAGGAUUGCUAUAUUGAAGGAACUGUUGAUUUUAUAUUUGGGGAAGCCAAAACUCUAUAUUUGAAUACUGAGCUUCAUGUUCUUUCGGGAGAUCUUGAAGCGUUUAUUGUUGCUCACGCAAGGAAAAAUCCAAGUGUAGAUGCUGGAUACUCAUUUGUCCAUUGUCCGGUGACUGGAACAGGUGGUCAUGGAUACUUAGGCAGGCCAUGGUAUGGAGAAUCAAUUACUGUAUUCUCGUAUUGUGACAUAAGUAAUGUCAUCAAACCCGCGGGUUGGGAUGACCACUACAAUCCAGCAUCAAGAAAGGUUAUAUACUUUGGAGAGUACAAGAACACAGGUCCUGGUGCAAUACUUACUAAAAGGGUUCCAUACACCAAAAAAUUGACAGAAGUAGAGGCUAAACCAUUCAUCAAUUUAAAAUAUAUUGAUGCGGAAAAAUGGUUACUUCCACCUCCAAAGUUGUGAAGUCUAUUAAGCUAGUAGUGAAAGUUAGGGACAAAUUGUCUUGUAGUAAGGAUACUUGAUAAAUCCAUAUACCCAUUUUAAUAAUGGUGCCAUGUGUUCUACACAAAUAUAAUUAUGUUAUACUAAAAUGAGUUGGUACGAUAUAGAGUACUUAAUAAUUUGGUAUAGAUUUUCCCUUUAGAAAUAAAAUUUGGUGAAGAUUUAUAUAUAUGUUGUUUAAGUAUACUAUUUAUAUAUAAAAAAAAACUGUGUAACAAGGAGAGCUUAAGAACCCAAAAAAUAUGCUCUCAUUUUUUACUUUUGAUUAAAGCUAUUUCAAAUUAUUUUACGUGAAU